AUGGCGGCUCGGCGGGCGCUGCACUUCGUCUUCAAAGUGGGCGACCGCGGCCGGAGCGCGCGCUUCUACCGCGAGCUGCUGGGCAUGAGCGUGUUGAGGCACGAGGAGUUCGAGGAGGGCUGCAAAGCCAGCUGCAACGGCCCUUAUGAUGGAAAAUGGAGCAAAACGAUGGUGGGCUACGGGCCAGAAGACAAUCACUUUGUUGCAGAAUUGACUUACAAUUAUGGUAUUGGAGAAUAUCGCCUGGGCAAUGACUUUCUGGGCAUAACGCUUGUGUCCAGCCAGGCUGUGAGCAAUGCUAAGAAGAUGGGGUGGCCCCUCAAAGUCACAAGUGGUAUUUUUGAAGCUGAAGCCCCAGGAGGAUACAAGUUCUACUUGGAAGACAAGGAACAGCUCAAGCAAGAUCCUGUGCUAAAGGUAACCUUGGGUGUCUCCGAUCUGCAGAAGUCUGUUAACUACUGGUCUGAUUUGCUCGGGAUGAAAAUAUAUGAGAAGGAUGAGGAAAAACAAAGGGCUUUGCUAGGCUAUGCAGAUAACCAGUGUAAGCUGGAGUUGAAGACUGUUGGCGGAGCGGUGGAUCACGGGACAGCGUUUGGGCGGAUUGCCUUCUCCUGUGCGAAGGAGGAGUUGCCAAACAUUGAAGCACUGAUGAAAAAGGAGAAUCAGAAAAUUUUAACGCCUCUGGUUAGCUUGGACACACCUGGCAAAGCCACAGUGCAAGUGAUUAUUUUGGCUGAUCCUGAUGGCCAUGAAAUCUGUUUUGUGGGAGAUGAAGCAUUUAGAGAUCUGUCCAAGGUGGACCCUAACGGUGACAAACUGUUAGACGAUGCCAUGGCAGCAGACAACAGUGACAAAUGGUUUGCUGAGCAGAAAAUGAAGAAGGCUUCUGCUUAGCGGAGAAAAGGACGGGACUGCUCGUUUGUGCCUUGGUUUUCAUCUGAGCAACGUGCCAAUCCUCUAUAACGUGUUGAAUUACCCCUUCCAGUAAGAGGGUGCCGUAAUGUCCCAUGCUGGUGGUUUUUUUGUUUGUUUGUUUUUUUAAUUUAAGCUUGUGUCUGUUACUGCUACUCUCUCCUUUCAAGCAAAUAGCAUGUUCUCCUUCAAAAAAAUUAGGUUGUGCAGUAAGGAGCAGGUUGAGCACGUAGCAUCGAAAACAGGGGUCCCCAGUUAAGAGGAAAACCUCACAUUUCUGUGGUGGUGUUAUACUUGAAAAAGAGGUUGCUAGGUUCAUUACGGUAUCUAAUUCUCUAACUAAUUGGCUUUAGCCGUCCUGGAUUUGCAGCUUAGAGAAGAGAUUUUCAGGUGGCUGUGGCUGUGAGUAUUGCAGGUACGCGGGUCGCGAAGUGUCAGGCUGAAGGGAAGGGCUGUGCACGGAGAACUUGAGCAGUUCAGCUAUCGUAGUGCAUGCCUGUUUAUUGGGAACAGAGAAAUUACCUUGCUAAGGCACGUGAAUAUUCUAGUCUGGAACAAACCCUAUUUUCAUUCCAAGAUGUUUCCCCAGCUUUCGAGGUGAAACGUUCGCUUGAGAAGCCCGUGGUGCGUUUCUCACUGGGGUCACGUUAUUGAUGGGGUGGUUUCCAUCCCUUACCAAGGAGACUUCCACAUUCCGGGCCGGAGCCGGGGCCGUGCUUCAGGGCGUGUAGCAGCGCUGCGCUGUCUGCUGAGGUGCCAGGAGGCAGCUUGAAUCGAGUAUAUCAUGGUUUUGCAAUUCGCUUUUGAUGAGAAAUUGCCUUUAGAAGGAACAGUUCAGGGUUUAUUCUGUUGGAAUGAAGUCACUCUACUUUUGCUAGUGGAACAAGAGCUGGGAAUACAGGGAGUAAUUACCAACAUUGUCCGUGUCAGGCGCACUGCCUGGUCUGUAAUCUUUCUUGGUGAAAACCUUAAAUAAGCUUCACAGAGAAAAGCAGGCAAAAGCAGCAGCGUUGGCAGUCGCCGAGGCACGUCAGCACUUGUAGUGAAUAUUCUGAGUUUAAACAGGAGAAAUUCCUCGCUGUGAUCUUGUUGUUCGAGCUUUUCGGUUCAAGUUCAAUGACGCUUUUGAAUCGUGUACCGAUCAAGUGAAAAAUGUCACGCGUAGGCUGCGCCCCUGAAACUGGCGCUGCCGCUUGCCAGUGUCGCCCUUAAACGAAUAAAAGUGAUUCGGGAGGACGGUUUGAGUGCCUGCCUUCCAGCUGCCCGCCAUGGCGCUGCACCGAGCUUCCUCUCCCUUUUAAUUGGG